AAUUAAAUUUUUUAUAGAACCAAUGGAGUAACUAUGAAACAACAAAAAUGUUGUUUGGAGAGAUGUCACAAUUCCGCUAUACCUUGUACGCGCCAUUGUUUCAAACAUAUAUUACGUAAUGUUGAUCAACUACUUUUUGAACAUUGUUCUGCUCGAACAAAUCAAGGCCCAUGUACUAAUACAGUAUUUAAUAUACGCAAUGUACAACCAUUAUGUUUUGAGCAUUUAUAUUCAAAAAUUUCAGUACAAACUGAAGAAACACCUUCAAUCAAACCUAAACCUCGAAAAAGACCUAAAAAUACACCAUUUAAUAAGUUAUCUAAAAGAAGUAAAAAGAAAAAACAGCCACCUAAAUAUCCUCUUGAAACUCCUACCCCUCCCCCUCCUUAUACUGGUACAAUAGAGUCUAACUCCACUAUUGAACCAAUAACUUGUACUAAUGAGUUGACACAAAAUGUUGGUUGUGACGUUGCAUCACUCUACACAUCCGUUGCUAAUCCUGAUAUGUAUCUCCAUCCAGUAGGAAGUAACAUUAUUGCUAAUGAAGAAGUUGGUGAUGAAGUUCUUGCUGGCUUAGAUGCUGCUGAAUUAAGCCAUGCAUCACGUUUAUUAGAUGACCAUGAUGAUAUAACCAGUGUUUUUAGCCAAAUACCUGUAGAUGCUUUCAACGAUCUCUUUACUGUUGAUAAAAAUGGACAGUAUGUACCUUCUCGCGAAGAAACAGAGGAACUAGAACGAGCACUAGAGGCUGUUGAUAUGGAUGUUCGAUCAUUAGAGCGAUUAUCACAAUCUCAUAUGGCUAACAUAUUGGAUCCAGCAUCAUUGUUAGCUGAUUUACCAAUAUCACCUUUUACUAGUUCAUAGCAAAGUAACAAGAAUAAUUAUAACAUAAAGGUAAAGUAUUUGAAACAGGUGCACAGAUAGUGAGAAGAUAAUAUUUUAAGUUAUAAUAAAUCAAGCAUAAAGAAAAAAAGUAUUUAUUCACUUAUAAGCAACCAGUUUUACAUAACUGAGUGCAAUGACAUAAAAAAAUGGUUUGGUUAAGCAAUAUUAAGUUGUACCAUAUAGUACUUGGCUAGUAUGGCUUGUCAUAGUAUAGGUUAAAGUGUUAUUUGUUAAUUUAUUAAUUUUUACUCAGAUGGUAUUCAUAUUUAUUGUAUAAAUUUAUAAUUAGAAUUUUGAUAACGUGUGUUAAUACAAUGUGGAUAUUUGAUACAUUGUAAAUACGGAAUAUAAAAGUUAAAAUAUUAACUACUCUUGAAGACUCAAUUAAAAAAAAAUUAUGUUAUCCUAUUUUCUAUGGAAUAGUUAUAUUUUCACAAUAUAUUCUCUAUUUGAUAACACUAACAGUUAACAAAUAUUAAUAUCUAUGUAUGUAUAAUAAAUAUGUAUUAUUCUUAGUUGGGUAUACACAUUCCUUUAUAACAUCUUCAUGUAAACUUUUUUAUAAUAUCUAACAUCAUUUAUUACUCAU